AUGAGUAAACUUGAUAGAUACCAUAUGAUGAUAGUUGUACGGUAUUUUAAAUGUGAAUAUGAAUAUGAAAUUAAUAAUGUCGUGUUGGUCUGCAAAAAGUUCAAAAACAUCAUGAAGAUGUUUCAUUACAACCCAGUGUCGGUUUAUACAGAAACAAUCAAAUACUUUCCAAACAUUGAAACACUUCAUCUAUAUUAUAAUACUGGCGAAACAUUUGGCAACUCAAUUUUACUAUAUGUUGAACCAUACGAAUAUACCGAACAGGACACCAAUGACAGUUACAAAGAUGUAUCAAAUGGAGAUGAAAAUGGAGUAACAAAGGAGUUUUUCCAGAUAGUUAUUUGGUUUAACGUCAAUUACAGGACAGUUGUCAAAAACAGAGGCAAAAACAUAUUAUUUAAAAACGUGACGUAUACUAAAUACGACCGAAUGAAAUUUGGCGAAGAGAUUCCACCAACAGUCACAUCUCUUGGUGAGUACUGCUUCUCUCGGUGCACAAAUCUGAGUAGUAUUAUAAUCCCACAAAAUGUGGCAAGUAUAUGUAAUAAUUGUUUCUCUUGGUGCAAAAAUCUAAGUAGCAUCACAAUCCCACAAAGUGUCACUUCUAUUAGUUACAGUUGUUUUUACGAUUGUUGUUCUUUGAAGAGUGUUUAUAUGCCAAACGUGAUUGGAUCUAUUGGACUGAGAUGCUUGUGUGGUGACGCAACUAUGUAUGGAGUAGACUUACCGUCAAGUGUUGAAGAGCUCAAUG